AUGGCUAACGGUACUAAAGCUGGCAAGUUCGGCCACUUGCCUCUGUCAACAUCUGGACCCAUGGAUUGCGCACUUGAAGGGUCUAGUCUACUGCAGACACCCUAUCUCAACAAGGGCAUGGGCUUCCCAACGAACGAACGUCAACAAUUCGGUCUCGCUGGCCUCUUGCCGUCUGCAGUCAAUACUUUGGACGAGCAAUGCCAACGAGCUUACGAGCAGUACAACUCGCGGAGUACUGCUCUUGGAAAGAACACCUUCAUGACCAGCAUGAAAGAGCAAAACGAAGUUCUGUUCUAUGGCCUGAUCCAACGUCAUUUGAAGGAGAUGUUCCCGAUCAUAUAUACCCCAACCGAGGGUGAAGCGAUACAAAGCUAUAGUCGACUUUUUCGCAAACCGGAAGGAUGUUUCUUGAGGAUCGAUAAGCCUGAUGAGGUCGAAGCGGCGCUAGAUCGUUGGGGUCCGAGCGAGGAUAUCGAUAUCAUUGCCUGCAGUGAUGGCGAGCAGAUCCUCGGCAUCGGCGACCAGGGCGUUGGCGGCAUUCUAAUCGCAGUGGCGAAGCUGGUCAUUUACACUCUUUGUGCUGGCAUUCAUCCCAAUAGGACGCUCCCGGUUGUACUGGACGUUGGUACGGAUAGCGACGAACUGCUCAAUGAUCCUUUGUACCUUGGAGUCAAGCGGCCACGUAUCAGAGGAGAACAAUACGACGCCUUCGUCGAUCGCUUCAUUCACGCUUGUCGAGAACGUUACCCAAAGGCUUACAUCCAUUUCGAGGACUUCGGUCUUCCUAAUGCGAGGAGGAUCCUGGAUAAGUACACACCACAGAUUGCUUGCUUCAAUGAUGAUGUGCAAGGUACUGGAUGUGUUACGCUUGCUGCCAUAUACGCAGCUAUCCAUGUGGCCAAGCUGGAAAUGAAGAACCUGCGAGUGCUGGCUUUUGGUGCUGGAACUGCUGGUACAGGCAUUGCUGAUCAAAUCCGUGAUGCUAUUGCUGUCGAGAGUGGCAAAAGUAAAGAGGAGGCUGUAAAGCAGAUUUGGUGUGUUGAUAAGCCCGGUGUGCUUUUGCAGAGUAUGGUCGAGCAAGAGAUACUCACACCCGCUCAGCACGACUAUGCUAAGCCUGAUGAGGAGUGGAAACACAUCGAUCACAAAAGUCUGGUGGAGAUCAUCAAGGCUGUAAAGCCUAACGUCCUCAUCGGCACAUCCACCAAGCCAAAGUCCUUUACAAAAGAAAUCGUGCAAGAAAUGGCCAAGCAUGUCGAUCGUCCCAUCAUCUCCCCUCUCUCGAAUCCAACACGCUUGCACGAAGCAGAUCCCAAAGACCUCUUCGAAUGGACAGAUGGCAAAGUCCUCACAGCCACGGGCUCGCCUUUCCCACCCGUCGAAAUGCCAGAUGGGAAGAAGCGCGAGGUUGCGGAAUGCAACAACUCCACCACCUUCCCUGGUAUCGGCCUCGGCUGCGUCCUUAGCAGAACCAAACUCCUGUCUCCCUCUAUGCUUGUGGCAGCUACGAAAGCUCUGGCCGCGCAGGCUCCGGCGUUGAAGGAUCCAGAUGCCGCGUUAUUGCCCGAUGUGGUUGAUGUGAGGGAGAUUAGUGUCAAGAUCGCUGCGGCUGUUAUACGACAGGCUGAGAAGGAAAGUCUGGCGCAGCAGGAGGGUAUUCCAGUUGAUGAUGUAGAGUUGGAGGAGUGGAUUCGAGAGCAGAUGUGGAACCCUGUGUACAGACCACUGAGGAAGGUCGAAAGAGAAGGAGCGAGCAGGAGUGCUAGGGGCGAGGCGGGGAGUAAAGGGUCGACUGCUGUGCUUUAG